ACGGCAAAGUCUCUCUAAGAUAUGGCCAAUCAGUUGAAUGAAGCUCUCCACCUCAGGUAUGAGCGUGCACACCUGGCUUACCUGUCCACUGUUAAGAAUGUGCUGGAUGGGGAUAGUGGACUUUAUGGUCAGCAGACCAUCACAGGGGCACUAAGAGCAACAAAUACCCCUGCUCCAUUCGGUGAAUAUGGUGAUGUGGUCGGCUGGUGCGGAGUAACAGUCUCAGCCCACUACUUGGUUGACUGCCUCAUUCAGGAGUACCAUAGGCAGGAGAGCACACUCAAUCUGCUCCUCCAAGGCACAUUUGGACAAGCCUUAAGGGCUGACCAUACCCGCAAAGUGGCCCGUAAGGUUGUGCUUGCAUCAGGUACUAUGUCGUCAUACGCUGUGAUGAAUGAAAACUGGAUGGUCUUGUCCUGGGUGAUGCUGCAGUCUGAAAGUGAUAAAUCCCUGCAGCCAAUGUAUGAGGGGCUGUCCCGUCGUUACAUUUUUGCAGGACUGCCAAAAGCCAACUACCAGUGGGUUGACAGAGAUUGCUGUGCUGCCUUCAGGAUCCCAAACCCCGAGCCCCAGGAGCACCUCCUCUGGGAUUCUUGGAAGACCACUGAGGCUAUAGUGGCUUCGGCAACCUCUGGGCAUCUCAUCAACACCUGUGCCUCCCGCAAAGAAUACAACAGCAAUAUCAACAUCAAGCUGGACUUGUUUCACUGCAUGCGGCGGUUCUCCAGAGAGUGUGUGUCAGAGCACCAUCCACUGCACAGUGCUUUCUGCAAGUUUCUGUCAGCAGCUUUCAGUGUUGUGGACCAGACGGACCUAGCCUGA